ACUAAUUAAAAAUUAGGUUGGCACAGUUUUGACAAUUCAAUUUAAUACGUGUACUGUGUUCCUGUCAUCCACCAAAAUAUUUAUUUAUUUGCCAAAAACUGGCAACAACCAGAUAGUACCCAGUAUGUGGAAGGGUUUGGGACAAGACCCAGGGGGGUCUACAGGGCCAGGACCCCCAAAUGUUCAAGAAUUGGAUGAUCUCAAAGACCAAUUCGAGCAGCAACAACUUUUAAUUGCCCAGUUAAAGGAGAUGUUGCGCAAAAACGAACAGGUUAAUGUCACACAGGAAAAAGUUGAAGCUUACGCUUCUACAUUAACAAAAAUGAAGGCGCGCGCUAAUAAAAAUAAAAAAGAAGGGGGUAAAGAAGGGCAAGGAACAGGGAAGAAAGUUGAAACCCCCGCAAACGAAAAAAUAGACAAAUUAAGGCAACAAUUAGAAGAGAAUAAAUUGAAAUUAGCCGAGCGAGAUAAGAGUCAAAAAGGUAUUGAAGAAAUGGUAACUCAAUUAAGAGCCCAGUUUGAUGCUUCCCAAUCAUUAAUAAGUCAAACACCUUUAAAUCUAUCGUUUGUCGAAGUAGACAUAAAAGAUUAUUCACCCGAAAUGACAUCACAAGAAUUAUUUAACAUUCUCACCUUGAAAGAAAAAAAAUUAACUGAAAUGUCGGGUAAAAUUCAAAAAUUAGAAGCAAAUGUUUUAGAUCUUCAAGAAAACAUUAAAGAAAAAGAUUCAGUAAUUGAUGCUCGAACCAAAGCAAUAACAUUAAUGUCUGAAAAUCUGAGUAAAAAAGGAAAAAACACUUUAGAUGCUUUGGAUGAAACCAAAAUGCAAAUGAGAAAAAUGCAGGAGAAUUUUGUCGAUAUUGAGCAGCAAAUGAAUGAUGAAAUUCAACAAUUAAAAGAGGAAGUUGCUGAUAAAGAUAUUGAAAUUAGUCACUUAAACGAUAGAAAUAAUUAUUUAGAACAUAUAAGAAAAGAAUUAACAUCUUCAAAUAAUGAAUUACAAGAUAAAGUAGAUAAUCAACAAGAAUUGAUUGAGAGCUUCCAAAAGGGUGAUUCCAUAAUUGAAAAAUUACAAGAAACCAUUAAACAACUUGAAAGUGACAACAAAAAACUUCAAAAAAAUAAUGAAAAUGAUGAGUUAUUAAAAUUAAAGGAGAAAAUUACUGAAUUAGAAGGAAUUAUUAAAGAAAAAGAUAUCCAAGGUGAAGAAGCUCAAAAAACUGUUCAAAAUCUUCAAGAAAAAUUAAAAUCUGUGUCUUUAUUCGAUAUGGAAUUAAAACCAGAGGAUGAUUUGGUGAAAUUAAAGAAACAACUCGAUGAAAGCAACAAAAACAUGAUUAAGGUUAAAGCCCAACAUAAAGCUAAGAUCAAAGAAUUAAAUAAGAAAAUCGAUGGUUUUAAAAAAAUGGGGGAUCAUAAUGUUGAAAUUGUUAAAUUAACCGAUGAAAAUUUGAAGCUGUUGCAAAAAAUUGCAGAGUUGGAAGAAGAAAAAGGUGGUUUGCAAUUAAAAUUGAUGGAAACAUCAGGUGGGAAAGAAACAAUUCCGCUUGAAGCCGCCAACGAACUCGAAAGACAACUCACAGAGCUCUCUGAAAUCCUAACUUACAAAGAUAACCAAAUAUUAACACUUUCCCAAAGCGUAGAAGAUUCCAACAUUAAAGUAAACGAGCUUAAAGAAAAACUUGAAGGACUUUCACAUCUACAAAAUGCCCAAGUAAAAUCUGAGAUGACAUCAAUUCAUUUUGAAGAACAACUUGAUAAAUUAGAAAGUGAAAAAAAUGAUUUAUUGGAAGAGAAGAAAAAAUUGGUGGAGGAGCAUGAAAAGUUAGAGGAGAAAAUGUCCUCAAUUACAAAAGAAAAAGAGGAAAUUUCUUCAAAAUUAGAAACUUACAUCCAAGAAAAUAUUGAGCUUAUGGAUAAACUUGAAAAAUUAAGCGCCGAAAAAGUUUCUAGCGCUGAAAGUAUCGAAAUUGUUGAAGGAUUAACACAACAAGAAAAGCUCGAAUUAGAAGCAUACCAAAAAAAUACAAAUAUUCCAAGCGAUAAUAAAAGUAGUGCUGAACAUCUUGCUGAAAAUUUAGAAUUAAAUGAAAGCGUUAAUCAACUAACAGAAGAAACAUCAGAACUUUUGCAAAGAAUUGAACUUUUUACAGUCGAAAGGAGAGAAGUAAUGGAAAAAAUGGAGCAAUUAACGAAUGAAAAUAAUCAAUUAAAUAUUAAAAUAAAAGAAAUUGAGAAUAAUCGUGAUGUUUUAGUUGAAACUUAUGAACAACUUCAAACUGAAAAAGAAGAAUUAGACGUCCAUUUACAAGAAUUAAAAAAAGAUAAAGAAGGUUUAGAAAAGAUCAUUCAAGAAUUAAAAAGCGAAAGCAAAGAAAUCGAAGAAAAUAAACCAAUUAAAGAAGAACGAAAACCAAAUAAAAAAUCGAAGAAACGUAAUCCAAAAUCUCGAUCUCCUUCACAAACAAAGGAAGUAAAAUUGGAUGUUAAAACGGAAGAAAUUGAUUUAAAAUCUCAAAAUGAUGAUUUGAAAAAAGAUAUAGAAGAGUAUAAAAUGUUGAUUGAUAUUCAAAAACAAGAAAUACAAGAAUUAAAAUUGAAAAUAAUGGGGCAAGAAUUUAUAAACAGUGAAAAAUUGGAUUUAGAAGCCAAGAUGAGUUCAUUAGAAAUGGAAUAUAAAUCGAUUUUAGAAGAAAACGAAUCACUUCGAAUCCAAAUUAAAGAAAACUUUGAAAAAGUACAAGAAAAAGAUGAUAUUGAAGCUGAACUUCGCGAAGCGAAAAAGAAAAUCGAAGAAUUUGAGCGGAAAAUAUCCGAAAAUUUGGAUGAAAUUGAAAAUUAUAAAUCCGUUUUAGAAGAAAAUAAAGUGGAAUUGAUUUCGUCUUCGAAUCAAUUAAAUGAGUUACGAAAUGAAUUGGAGGUAAAAGAAGAUGAGUUAAAGAGUCAUAUUGAAGAAAUUCAACAUUUAAAUUCGGUUAUUUCUGAUUUAAAUUUAGCUGUUAAAGAAUUAGAGAAAGAAAAUGAGAAUGAAAAGAGAUAUGAUGAGAUGAGUUUAGAAGUAAAUGAAUUAAAAAAUGUUUUAAAAUCAAAUAUUGAUCAAAUUAAUGAGUAUGAAGAAGAAUUAAAUAGAAAUACUGAAAUAAUUAAUGAGCUUCAAGUCGAGAUUAAAUCGUUAAAUAAUAAGAUUUUGAAUACAGAGCAUUUACUUGAAUGCAAAAACGACGAAUUGAGAGGUGUUGAAGAAAUGUAUGAGGAAAAAUUAGGGGAAAUUUCGAAAUUACAAAAAGAGCUUGAGUUUAAAGAUAAAAAUUUCCACGAAACUAUUGAAAUGUUAAAAAAUAAAUGUUUAAGUUUGCAAAAUCAAAUAACAACAAAUACCGAUUCAAUCGAGCCAUUUGAAAAGAAAAUUAAAGAACUUGAAGAUCGAAAUAAAGAACAAUUGGAGAAAAUGAAGAAAAUUGCCGCUAAUUUGAAAAAGAAAACGUCUCAAUAUCAAGAAUUAGAGUUAAAAUAUAAUGAGGUUAAUCAAAAAUUAGAAAAUGAAUGCAAAGAAAAAGAAAAACAAAAAAUUGAUUUAGAGAGUAUGAUUGAAAAUCUUGAAAGAAAUAUUUUUGAAUUACAAGAAAAAAAUAAUCACCAAAAAGAUGAAUACAACAAACUCAAUGUUGAAUAUAAUGCUUUAAAACAAAAAUCUCAUGAUACAAUUAAUAAAUUAACUCAACAAUUAUUACAGGUUGAGAAUCAAAGUCAAAGUUUGCAAAUUGAGGUUGAAAAUUAUCAAAAACAAAGUCAAAGUUUGCAAAUUGAGGUUGAAAAUUAUCAAAAACAAAGUCAAAGUCAAGAAUUAGCAUCAAUAAAUAUAGAGGAAAUGAAUAAAAAGGAUGUUUUAAUACAAAAAUUAACUCAAAAAGCUAAAAGCUUUAAACAACAAAUACAAAAUUUAACCAAAGAAAAUGAAACUUUAGAAAAGCAAAAAUUGGAGUAUGAAAACUUACAAAUUCAUUCAAAUGCUUUAGAAAUGAAAAUAAAAGAAAUGGAAUUAUUUAUUGAAACUCAAGAUGGUGAAUUAAACAAAUUUAAAGAAAAAGUUAACAAAUUAGAGCAAGGGUUAUAUUCAGUUGAAGAAAGAAGGAUGUCUUUGGAAAGAAAGGCUGUUGAAUUAGGAGCUGAGUUAGAAGAAAAAAAUAAUAAAUACGACGAGUUAUCCCAAAGUGAAGAUAUUUUAGAGAAACGAAUCGAAUUUUUGAUUAAAAACGACGAAAUCAUCGAGAAAAAACUACAAGACGCAAUCAAUGAAAACGAAAUGUUAAAUAAAAUCCACAAAGAAAUGAUUUCGGAAAACGAAAGUUUACAAAAUUCGAUUAAAAAUUUGCAAAUGAGUUAUAACGAAGUUUCCUCAAACAACGAAAAUUUCGUUUUCUUAGAAACAGAAAACGUCCAAUUAAAACAAAUAAUUGCGAAUUUAGAGAACGAUAAAAAACAUAACGAGCAAAUAAUUUCUUCUUUAAAAGAAGACGCCGAAAAAACCGAAUUUGAAUUGCAAAAUCAAAUCGAAUUUUACAACAACGAUCAUAAAGUUUUAGCGGAAAAAUGCGAAAUGUUUAACGACCAAAUAAAAGAUUUACAAGAGUAUCAAAUUGUUUUAAACGGGGAUAUCGAGGCUUAUAAAAAUAAAUUGGUUGAACAGCAAAGAUUUAUCGAUGAUAAUCAAAGGGUUAUGGGCGAAAUUAAUGAGAAUAAUCAAAAAUUAUUGGAACAAAUCGAAAAUUUUAAUGUUAUAGUUGAAGAAAGAAAUAAACAAAUCGAAAUGUAUCAGGAAGAAAAUUCACAAUUAAUUAUGAAACUCGCGAAUGAAUCAGAUUUAAAAAAUAAAAUUGAAGAAUUAAAUGUUGAAAAUGAAAAUCUUAAUUUGCAAUUAAAAGAAUUACAAAAAUAUGAUGUAAAUGUGGAUAUAAAUAAUGUGGGUACGUUUACUUGGCCAGGAACUCCUCAAAAUGAUUUAAUUUUGUCUGAGAAUGUUGAGGUUUUAUCAACAAAUCCUAAUAAUAAUAUUAAUUUAAACGAAACUGAAGAAUUAUUAAGUAAAAUAAAAUCCUUGGAAUUUAUGCUUUUUAACACUGAAAAAGAAAAGGAGGAGACUUUAAAGCAAUGUGAGGCGUUAAGCGGGGAAUUAGCUAGGUUGUUGUAUCUCCAAGAAUCUAAAACAUCUUUAGAUGAUCAAAUAUUACCUCCAGAAGAAACUUUAAUUACUAAUAAAGAUGUAUCCGAAUUAAAAUUGGUGGAGUUCUCCCCAACGAAAGAAAUUUGUGCUGAAUCAACACUUCCAGUUGUUGAAGAAGAAAUCAAACCAAAAACAUCAUAUUUAUGUUAUCCUGAUAAUUUAGUAACGGAUACUUUCGGCGAAAACGACGACGGUUGGGGUUUUAGCCCAGAAGAAGUUAAAUUAGAACAAGAACAUCUUCAAUUAUCAACGUCGCCCCCACAAAACGAUCAAUUUCAUAAUCAAAUUUUAACGUUGGAAGAAAAAAUUCGCGUUUUGGAGCAAGCCAGGGAAAGACAUUCGGAAGAGAUACGAUUAUCACAACAAAAAUCGGGGAAAUUAAUGAAAAAAUUAAAAGAAUUUAAGGUUAAAAAUGAUGAAUUAGCAGCCCAACUUAGCAAAAAUAAAUCAGAUGAUUUCGAUGAUUUAAACACCGCGAUUGAAGAUGAAUUAAAAUCGCAAAUAUCUACGUUAGAGAAGAGGAUUAAAGAAAUUGGCGCUGAAUUAGAAAAAGAAAAAAAUGAGAAAGGGAAUUUGUUGAAACGUGUUGAUACUUUAACGCUGGCAAAUGAACGGCUUGUUGAUAACAAAGAAAAACAUGAACUGGAAAUUAUUUCGUGGCAAAAUAAAACGCGGGAAUUAAACACGAAAUUAGAACAAUUCCAAUGGGGCGAAGACGAAAGUCCUAAGAAAGUGGUUAUUCCAGAAACAUCGUCGAAUAUUGACCAUGAAAGCUUAAAAGUACAAAUUUCUGAACUCACGGAGACUAUCAAAGAUUUAACGUUGGAUAACGAAGAGUUACAAACGUUGUUAGAGGAGCAAAGAAGUUUGCGAAUAGCGGCCGAAAAAGCUAAAUCGAUUGAGCCAAUUUCUGAAAAUAUGAAAUCAGAAUCUGAGUAUUUAUUAGUUGUUAAUGAAAAAAAUCGAUUAAACGAAGAAUUGCGAGAAAAGAAUGAAAAUUUGGAUUAUUAUAAAGAUCAGAUUUUACAAAAUCACAAAUUAAUUGAUGAAAUUAACCAAAAAGUUCAACAAUUACAACUUGAAAAUGAAAAUCUUGAUGAUUUAAAAAGAAAUUGUUUGGAAAAUCAACAAAUAAUUCAACAAUUGCAAGAAGAGAAUGAUGAUUUAAAAAGAGUUUGUUUGGAAAUUGGGUCGUUAAAAAAGGAAAUUUUGCAAAAUCAACAAAUAAUUCAACAAUUACAACAAGAAAAUGAUGAUUUAAAAAGUGUUUGUUUGGAAAUUGGGUCGUUAAAAGAGGAAAUUUCGAAAAAUCAACAAAUAAUUCUGCAAUUACAACAAGAAAAUGAUCAAUUUAGAGUUUUAGAAGAACAAAUAAGUAUGAAGAAUGCACGAAAUCAUGAAAUAAUCAAUGAAAAUAUGAAAAAAAUUGAAGAGUUGCAACAAGAAAAUGAUGAUUUAAAACGAAUGAAAACGGAAAUGGAGUCAUUAAAGGAUGAAAUUUUGCAAAAUCAAGAAAUAAUUAAAAAAUUACAAGAAGAAAAUGCAAAAAUUGUUAAGAAUUAUGAUGAAGAAAUGACUUUGCUUAAAAAUGAGUAUGAUAAUUUUAAAUUGCAAAAUGAUAAAUGUGAUAAUGAGAAUGUUAUUAAAAAUUUAAAUGAGGAAAAAGAAAAAUUAAUUGAGAAGUUGCAACAACAAGAAUUGGAUUAUGAAAAUAAGUUGAUGAUGACAUCACAACAAUUAGUUGAUGAAUGGAUGAAAAAGGUUGAUCAACGCGGUUAUGAUAUUGCUGAAAGUUGGAAAUUGCAUGUUGAGGAGCGUGAAAAUGAAUUUUAUAAAACUGAGCAAAUUUUAAGGAAAGAAAUAACCGAAUUAGAAGAGAAACACAAUAUUUUAGUGAAUGAAAACAAUGAGUUAAGAAAAAACGUUGAUGCAGAGAUAAGAAACGAGGUUGAUAAAAUUUCAGCUUUACAAUCGCAAAUUAAUGAAAAACAAUACUUUAUUAACGAAUUAAACGUUGAGUUAGAAAAAAAUAAAGAAGAAAUUAAUAUGUGUUUAACAAAAAUUAACGAAUUAAAUCAAGCUUUGAUCGAAAAGGACCAAAAAAUCGUUGAGCUACAAAAAAUCGACGAAGAAAUUCAACACGAAUCGAUUAAAUUAAAAUCGGACGUUGAAAGUAAAGAAAAUCACUGCAAAGAACUUGAAAAUGAGUUAAAAAAGUUAUCUGAAAAAACUCAAAUUGAAAUUCAAAAUUUAAAUCAACAAUUAAUUCAAAAAGAAAAUAUUAAUCAAUUAAAUAAUACAGAAAAAGAUGAUUUAAAUAUAAAAUUAGAAAAUGCAUUUAAAGAGAUUUCGGAAAAAAAUGAAACGUUAAAUUUAUUAGAGCAACAAAUUUACGAUAAUCAACAACAAUUAUCAUCAGCAAACACCCAUCUACAACAGUAUUAUCAACAAAUUGAAAUAUUAAACGCCGAGGUACAAAAAUAUUCCUCAAUGAGCGACGAAUUCUCAUUAAAAGAUAUCGAAAUAACCAAACUAAACGCGUUAUUAAACGAAAAAGAACGCGAGCACCUUGAAAUAAUCUCAAACAAAGAUCGCGAAAAUUCCAAUUUAAUCCAAGAGUUAUCGUCGGAAAAUGAAAGCUUAAAACGGCGAUUAAGUAAUUUAGAGACUCAUUACGAUGAGAUUUUAUCCUCAAAAGAUAUGGAUAUGGAAAGUUAUAAGCUUCAACUCCAAGAACAGGUUAAUAGAAAUAAUUUGUUAUUAAAGGAUCAAGAGGAGUAUCAAAAGAUCCAAACUGAAUUGGCGCUAAAAAAUGCCGAAUACGAUGAGAUAAAAAAUAAAUUUGACGAGCAAAACUUAUUAUUGGAGGAGGAACAAAAGCAAUUAGAUGAGCUUCGAAAAAUAAUUGAAGAACAAGUGUUUAAAAUUCAAAAUUUGCAAAAAGAACUUUACGAAAAAAGUCAAAGUUACGACUCGUUAAUUGCGGAAAUUGAUUUAUCUCACACAUCAUCAACAAAUCAACCAAUAAUACAACAACAACCACAAAUUGAAUCAACAAUUUCAGAUUCGGAUGAUUUAAAUCAACUCGUUAGCCGAGCCGAACUUGAUUUGGCGCUUUAUAUGUUACACCAAAGAGAUGUUCGUUGUGAAGAAUUAACCGAUGAAUUGAUGCGACUUUUAGAAGAACGAGAUACUUUACAAUUAAAACUUUCAAACGCGCUUCGAGAGCGGGAACAAUUAAGGAUUAAAUUUCAUCAAGAUGAAGCGGAAACGAGUACUUCACUAACCACUUUGGAUUCAACGCAAAGAGAUGUUAAUAUUGUUCAAGAUGUCGAAAAUGUUAAUCCUUUAAAUUCAAAGUUAUCCGAAUUAAAAACGUUGAGUUAUAGUAAAGAUAAAUCGGUUUUGGAUGAAAAAGAAAGAAGGAGGUAUCAACAAAUGUCCAUCAUGCAACAACAUAGAGAUGAAGCUUCUAAACUUCCACCAGAAGCUGCAGCUAGACUUUUAGAUGCAAAUUAUACGUUAUCGCGAGAUGUUCAAAGUCCAUCAAAAGUACUAUUAAAUUGGUUAUGGGGUCGUAGCACACCAAAAGUGGAUGAUAUUUAGUCAAUUUCGACUUUAUACAAAUACAACUAUGUGCCUAACUUCAAAAGAAUAAUAUUAUAGUUUUUAAUUCGUUUUAUAACUUUUUGUUAUUGUGAAAGUAAUCCGUUUUUGUGAUGUUUCUUAAUUAAUUUACGAUUGUAUGGUUAUAAAUUUGUAAAAUUAUUAAGCGAUAAGCGAGAUAAAGUGCUGUAAAAAUAGGUUUUAGGAGAAACGAGGCAAUUUUUAUUCUUCUCAAAAUAAAAAAAAAUAAAAUAAAAAAAGGCGCCCCGUUUCGAGAAAAUUAAAAAUAUGAUGAUUAAAGCCGAGACUACCUUGGGAAAGGCAUUUAUUUUUGUUUUAAUAAACGUAAGGUAAAUAUUUA